AUGGCAAACAUUGAUUACAAGUUACAAUGUCUGAUAAACAACGGCAUAAAAUUCAUUUUUAAUCUGGAGCGCGAUGAACAUAUUACUCCUCAGAGACGCUCUUUACAGUGGCUUACAGUUAAAUCGAAGCGAUGUUACUUUUUGGCUUGUUUCUUGUAUAAACUUUUUAGCUCUGGUGAACCUAGUUUCCUCAGAAGCAUGUUCGUCAAAGAAUCACCUGAUAUAAGAUGUUCUGAGAGAUUGGCUGCUAAACAUAACAAUGUCACGUUCAAAAUUCCUAAUUUUUCAACUGCGUCCUAUGAACACUCAUUCUUAAUUUCAUCAAUACCCCUUUGA